CUUGGACCACGGCACGAACUCUGUUCCCCCACAAACAGACGAGCAUCGAGCAUACCCUGAGCAAUUCUAUCCUUGGCUCUUAUGCUGCUCGGAGUGCGCAAGGCCGCGGUGCCAACGCAUGGCCAUUGGCUGGGCCAUACGAAGCGACCGGACCUCAAGGCAGAGGGGGUUCGAGGCUUCCAGAUCCACAACACUACGGAUCGACGUGAUUUCUACCAUCUUGACACAGCAACUGUCGCCUCAUCCGAAGCAUCAAUGCGACGUUCCCCGCAGAGUGGUGACGUCCACGUGAACGUUGCCGUUGCGGAUCCGUCUGAUCAACACAAUGCCACAUGUCUGCAGAUAGCCUGAGAUGUUUCUUCCAGCACUCAUGGAGCGUCGCAAAUGCAACAAUGCUGGGUGAUGAGCAAAGCCAAGUCAGCUUGGAUCGGCUCUCGUUUUUUCACGCAGCACUCGUCGCCAGUGGCUGGUUGGCCGUUGCGUGGGGCUGCCUCAGGGACGCGGAAAUGCCGUCUCGUUCACUCUGGAGUGGCGAGCUGCUUUAUGCUGUUUACUGCCAUUUUUUUGGCCGUUUCGAGCGAGUCGGCGCUGAUGAAUUUACCCCGUGAAGAGCAGCAUCUAUGUCAGGAACCUGCUCCUGAUGUAUUUUCAUCGGGAAAUAUCGGCGAAAAUAGAUUCCGUUUAUGGAUGUCAACCGGGACACCGGGACUAUCCUGUAAAUACUUACAUCUCACGCAAUUCAUCGUUCCAUCUCAAAUGAACUCGGCCAGACGACGACACCAGAGAGCGUCGUUCGCCGUGCCAAAAGUCCGGGUGAGUGUGCCGGAACAAGAGCAGAUUAUACGAUCGUGAGGACAAUGAGUGUAGCCGCGUCGGCGUCACUGCCACCCCAAUGCGCAGUGCCGCAACACGCCUGACUUCUCCAGAGAAGAAGACCGAGAUGAUGGAAAAGCAAACAGGGUAAACGUUCAUUCGUACAACAACAACAACACCGCAAAGAUCCUUGCAGGUUUCCAAGUGCGGACAGACACGGCUGCCUUUGCGGACUCUUGGAAAUGCCCCUCCUGAUAAGCGACCCUGCUCUUUUCUUUACAAGCAAUCCACACUUGAUGUUAGGAACCGACAUGUUGCGAUUGGGCAAGGGGUCCGGGG